AUGCUGUAUUUACGCACUAAUUUAUCAACUCCCGCCUCCAAUGAGCAGGUACCUACCCCCCCCCCGAAUCAUCGGUUUGCUUAUGAAAAAUGGAACAUCAUUGUGGUCGCAGUACGUCGUUCCGAUCCCCCCGAAAUGGUUUUGAUUCCAUCUGAAGUCACCUGUAGCAUUGAUUUUAACACCAUGCGCGCCAUCGUGAUUGCGAAGAAUUAUCCUGAGGCCCUUCAACUUCAGAAUUAUUGCACGUCCUGCUUUGCUCACGAACUUGGACGCCAGUGUGAUUGUCGUAAACGAAAGAAUGAACGACGUCAUAAAGUGACUAUCGAAAGAGAUUUGGCUUUGUAUGAGCAAAUUGGAGAAUCGCGAAAAGCCGAAAUGUCAUGGGAAAAAUACGGAUUCAUCAAUUCGGAAUUUAACCUAAGGGAUCUACCGCCUGCCUAUAGACAUUCCAUAUCGACGUCAGCUCCCAUGCCCUCGAAGACGAAGACCGUGUUGUACAACAUGCUGAACGGUGGACCGCCCACCGAUCGCACAACUUUGCGGCGCGCAUUGACCAUACGAUCUCAAACACCUCAAAAACUAGUCCAGCGACACAGCUCACGGCGAAACAAAGGGACAAAGGAACAGAGAUCCAACAUGGUUGACAGAACCGGUUCAUUUCACUGGGUGCACGAUGUCUCGAUUGCGAAAGCAAAACUGACCACAAAACAGGCUGAGGGAUACAAUUUCAGUCACCAUUUCCUCGUGUGUAUUGUCGGCACACCUGCAACUGGUGCCCUUAACUUGGAAAAUCUGAUCAUGCCAUUUCGAUUUCACUGGCGCGAAGUGCAAGAUAUUGUCAUACUUGGAAACAGUCAGCUUAUUGGACCAUAUGAAUGGGCAAAGCUGAAAAAUCUACCAAGAAUCUUUCUCGUGAAUGGAGAUCCAUGCAGCUUCACCGAUUUGUAUGCUGUACAACUGUGUCGAUGUAUGGCAUGUGUGAUUCUUGGUGAUGUACAGGAUGACUUGGAUUCACAGUCCGAUGACCUUUGUCUUCAAGAUAGAAAAACUCUACUCUGUGCAAUGAAUAUCCGUUCGCUACUUCAACGUGAACAGCAGUUAGUUCACUUCACUACCGAACUGCGUUACGAAAAGAACGCGCAUUUGUUCAGUUCAGUGGACACUCAUGCAAAUGACUACAAACUGCCCGUGUGGUUUAGUGAACCGUUCGCCAGAGGCUUCGUCUUCAGCAACACGCUUCUGUAUAGUUGCCUAAGCUCUUUGUUCUAUAACGAUGACGUCUUCCACUUCCUGAGAGUGCUUAUAUCUGGUCAGGCAGCCGACGCAAUUGAAGCCUCCUUUGCUGUUGGAGCUGGGCUGCAACCCGAUUCGUCCGACGGAGCUUGUCGUAUUAAUGGAGUAAACGUGGCCCUCAGAAACUUUGACCAACCUCCGUUCAGUUACAUGGCCCGAGAGCAGAGAAGAAAACCGCUAACUUUCGGUGAGGUAUUCAUCCGAUGUAUUUCUUGUUGGCAAAUCCUCUGUCUUGGACUGUACCGAAUGGAAUCUCGUGGUUUCCGAUAUGUGCUUGCCAAUCCGGAUCCAAAAACAAUACUCUACACGCAAGAUAUGUUCUAUUGUUUCAUGAAAAUGGAUCAAAAGGACACGCCGGGGUCAUGGCAGUUUGGACAAACGCACGUGCCAAUAUCCAGACCUUCACCCUGAAUCCAGCUCCGUUGGGAGAAUUUGAGGCCGAUUGAAAACACCGAAACUUGUUGAAUGACACUCACAACCAGCAUUUGUAAAUUAUCAUCGUCCAUUGUAAUCACAUCGAAACAUGGGAGACUAGAUUGUGGAAUUUUGUAGAAUAUACUGAUUACCACUCACGCAGAAAUAUAGAUCAUGAAACCAAAUUCACUUUUGUUCCAGGAAAAUUCAGUUAGAAUGAAUAAAAGUCAGCAGAUUGUAUGACGAAACAUUAGCUACCAAACAAGCUAAGCUGCUGAAAAAGAACUCACCACAGACAAGCACGUUAAAUACUGUUAAAGCAUGACGUCUGAAGUUUGCCUUCCAAUCUAAAUACAUUCCAAUCCACCAAUAGCGGACUGCAGGUGCACGAAUAUCAUCAAUAAAUUUUCUGAGGGAGCUACGCUUCCAGGCAUCCCACAUCAUGAAGAGUCACAGGGCUCCAUAUACUCUGCUGAACCUGUCACGAAGAGACUGGACCUACCGUGGUGUGACUGUUAGCGCACCUCAGCGAUCCAUUGAGCUACACUGGGGAGUGUCCCCGUGACACUCAUACAGUCUCUCUCUCAUACCAG